AUGGUGGAUAAAAGCAACUUACCCCUGCCGACAACCACAACCACAGGGCGCUUUUUCUAUUUAUCUCAUGAUAAACUCCAACUCAUAUUCUUUUUCACUUUGGCUUCUUUAUUCUCCACUCUUGUCAUUACACGUCUAAUCGUCGCCACUGAAUACAAGCUUCACUACCCUUACUCCAUCAACGCAUUCCAACUUGGAUUUGGCUGGUUGGCCCUUCGAUUCCUUGGCCCCAAGCAAACCCAUGUCUCGCCAUCAACAAGAUUCCUCUUACCUACCGUUGGUGUAUACACAGCGCUAUUAGGUGUCAAGCCUAUAUUCUUGACGCAUGUACCAGCAACAUCCUAUCACCUGUUUCUUGCAGCUGCCAUCCCCUUGACACUUGCACUGUCACGCGUCGUGUUGACCAGCGAAAGAUCAUCUCAAUCAUUGCACAUCCUUCCUUGUCUUGUAUUUUGGAUUGGAUCAUGGAUCAGUACCUGGAACAGCCACACGCCAUCCACAUCUUGGCAAGGUCUCUCUUUAGGUCUUUUGCAUGCAUUCUUGGUUGCAAGUUACAGUAUCCUAGCCAACCACACCAUGGCAACCGUUGACAUAGGGAUUAUGAUCCGAUACAUCACCGGGCUGGGUUCUCUUGGCAUGUUGGUGUUCGUUCUCUUAUCAGGUGAAUGGCAAGGUCCAUUGCCUUAUUUUUGGAACGACCUUGGCUUUUGGUUUCAAAUGAUGCUCUCGGGUGUGCUCGGUCUUGGAGUCAAUCUAUUGGGCAUCAUGCUGAUCCGGCAAACAUCACCAUUGACGUACAUUAUGGCUAUCGGAACCAAAUCUUGCUUACAAACUAUCCUGGCAGCUGCAUUAUUCGGCAAUCCAUUAUCCAAUAUGUAUGCUGCAGGAAUCGCCAUUACUCUUUCAGGUGCUGGAUCUUACUUUUACAUCACAUCAAGGCAGUCAUAA